GCUGCUAUCAGUCGCCCGUCGAUUACGUACCCUGAUGGACUACUCCGUUGUUUUUCUUGAGCCGUCACCAAGAUGCUCGUUAAUGGUGAUCACGGAUCGUUUCAGCCGAUCAAUCAGUAUGAAGAGAGUAGGUGGAAUUCCUAUCCAAGGCUAGAACCACAAUGGCCAGUACAAAAUGUGUGCAACCAAAGUAGGGAUUAUGUGGAACCACCAGCGCAGUGUUACAAUUAUGUGAAUCAAGUGCCUCAGUUCUACCCUCAGGGUUAUCAACCUCCAGUCUUCAGAUACGUUCAACCUCCUCAGCCCAUAAUUCCUAACCUGCCUUGUCAUCAAGUCCAGCAAUGGAACUACAAUACCAUGUGCUUCGAUGUGGACGGGCAACCGUGCCAGUACACGGGCAUGGUCGACUUGGAAGACUUUAUGAACAACGAGAAAAGGAAGGAGAAAUCCCGCGUUGCAGCAAGAUGUCGACGCACGAAAGAGAUGCAAAUAUUCACAGAGCUGACAGCGGCUCUCCCCGCAAAAAAGGAGGAGGUCGAACAGCUGGACAAGGCCUCCGUGAUGCGUCUGGCGAUAUCUUAUCUCCGUGUGCGCGACGUCGUCUCUAUGCUGCCGGGUGAUACAACAGAGCAGUCAAAACUACAGAGCCCCAAGGGUUUAGAAGAAGUAUCGUCUGAACUGUCCUAUAUGAAGGCCCUUGAUGGGUUCGUGCUGGUGUUGUCACAGCAGGGGGACAUUGUCUACUGCAGCGAAAACAUUGCUGACCAUCUCGGUGUUUCUCAGAUGGAGAUUAUGGGCCAGAGCGUGUUCGAAUUUAGCCACCCAUGUGAUCAUGACGAGAUUAGAGAGGCACUGCGUUCAAAUGGCGGAGGUCGACGGGACUUGCUCCUUCGCCUCAAAUGCACCCUCACUAGCAAAGGAAGGAAUGUCCAUUUAAAAUCUGCCUCGUACAAGGUGGUCCAUAUAACUGGCCACAUGUUGACGGCUGAGGACAAAAAGGAAAGCAUAGAUAAAGAAGAAAAGAAUGCCGAAUUGAAAUCGCUGAAGAGCGGCUCCCUCAUAGCCGUUGGGCGCCCCAUACCACACCCGUCCAAUAUCGAGAUACCUCUGGACAAUAAGACAUUCUUAUCUAAGCAUAGCCUGGAUAUGAAGAUAACUUACACUGAUGAAGCUUUGUUGAACACCUUAGGCUUCGAACCAGACGAAAUGGUCGGUCGUUCACUAUACGACUACCACCACGCUGCGGACAGUGCUUCGCUCGCUCAACACUUCAAAUCAUUGUUCUCAAAAGGACAAUGCGAAACCGGUCAGUACCGUUUCCUGGCAAAGAAGGGUGGCUUCGCUUGGGUCCAAACCCAGGCCACUCUCAUCACCGACAAGCAACAGAAGCCAAUCAGCGUAGUCUGCGUCAACUAUGUCAUAAGCGGUAUCGAGUGCAAAGAUGAGGUGUUUGCUACACACCAAGUACAACACGUGGACUUGAAACCUGUUGUACUUCACUCCGUGCCAACUCCUGUUGUCGUUUGUCCACCUCUGGAAGUAUCAAACGGCAUAAUAACAGCGCCAUCUGAAAAAGAACGCCCUAUACCCGUAACAGAACAGAUAUUAUUCCCAAGAAAGGAAGAAAUGAAUACAGGCUUCUUGACGUUCCAUGACGAGGGACUUACAAGUGAGUGUCACUCCAUCACAGGCAGUUUAAUGCUAAAGGACGAGCCCGACGACCUGACGCAUUUGGCCCCUACGGCUGGAGACACAUGUGUGCCAUUAGAAAACAACUCCUUCUACCCAUUCGAUGAUGAUUUUAUUCUGAGUGGAAAUUACUGCAGUCUUUUGGGCGACGAUUUGGCAAAUACUUCACCGGUUGAUUCUUUAACUCCGGAUUCGCUUUUCCUGUCGUCACCUGAACCACAAGAGACUGAAUCAUCAUGCGAGCAAUCAUCACUAUUGAACGACUUAUCAUUAGACGCUUUCGACGGGGCAAGGUCAGAUAACGAAAUCGACGAUGGGAACUCGCCGUUUAUACCUAUGAACGAUGAGCUCCCCGUGCUGGAAUCAGCGGUGAUGUGGGGUGCCUUGCCUGACAACGUCAGUCUGGCGAGGCCACAGCCCUCAGACCAACACACGGCGUCUCCAACUCCAGCGCUACAGCGUCUACUCGUGGCACCAACCACGGGCCCGGCACCACAAGAUCUCAUUUCAAAUAUUUAUUCAGAUCAAGGUUUAAUACCAAGCAAAACAGUCUCUUCAUGGGACACCGGAAUCAAAAGAGUCAUGAAACAAGAGGAAGAGCCUAAUGCGAAGCGCGUGAAACGUAGCCCUUCCCCAACACCAACGUCGUCUCCCAAAAACAGCUCGACAAAACCUUCAUCAAGCGUCCUCAUGAACCUUCUGGAUAUACAACAGCAGCACGCCCAGCGGAACAAGGUUCACCUCAACUACCAGAUGGCCAUCAACUCCCAACAGAAUCCUGCUAGGGCCAGCAUACCAAUACCCGCAAUAAACUUACAGCCAGCCCCCAAGCUGAUACCCACUAAUUCAAUACCCAACAACAUCCAAAACAUAACAGAAUUCAACGUCAUGUCACCUUUGAGCCUAAACAUAGGUAGUCCCAUGUAUUCGUUACCAUCAAGUCCUAACACUUCAAAUUACAGCCCAAAUAUGAGUCCGGCACAAAAAGACAGGGUGCUUAGUCCUUAUUCUACACCACAAUCUCCUGUGGGUAAAUACUUGUAUAGUCCAGGGAACAGGCCGUCUCCGACAGGGGUAAUUCAGGGAAGUGACCCGUACUUGACUAAUAAAAUGCAGCCUAGCCCGGGAUUUUCUAUACCAACAGGGGACUUGCUCUUGGAAUCGAAUGUAGGACUAUCCGCAACAGACUUCUGGACCGAUUCCGAAAUGCUCCAAGGCACUAACGACUUGCUAUCAGCAUUCGACGACGUAAAAUUAGCUUAGUCUUGUGUUAUCAAGUGAUUUCCCUUUGGAAAAGAAAGCAUUUAUGGUUACGUAGAUUCAUACUGCCAUUUUGUAUUCGCCUCGCAUCUUCCCACAUUCCAGCGCGAGAAUGAUAAGAAUUGUUUUCCCGAUGUAAGUUUCCAAUGGAAAUCACUCGAAUGAAUACAGGGUCGAAACGGGCCGAUUUACAGGGAUUCCACGCUAAAUAAUAAUGGAGAUUAAAAUUUUGUACAUACAUAGACAGUUAAUAAGUGUAGAUCAUAUAUUCUAAAUCAGUUUGUACUAGUUCGAUUUAGGUUUUCAUUGCGUCUGAGUGAUUAGAUAUCUCUACAAGACUAAGAAAUAUUCUAAAGUUUCCAUAAAAAAUCUGAUGAUUUCUGGAGUAGAAAAUUAUUGUCAUAGCCUAAUGGUGUACUUUGUGUACGCAUCUUCACAUCUAUUGUUGUUAUAAAAAUAUUUAAAUUAAAGUCUAAAAAUAAAACGUGAUAAUUGUAUUCGGCAGGUAAUCGAUCUUCGUCAUACUUUUUCGCUCACCCGAUGUUUUAAACGUUUUUCCGAUGUAUAACUUUUGUAUUAAUCAAAAAGACAUUUGGUAACACUAACUAAACAAGAACGUUUAUUAAAGUAAUGGGCUCUUUCUGUUUUUUUUUUUUCUAUGAUGUAUAUAUGUCUUUCUAUACUUAAUAUAUUUUCUUCUAUUUUCUUCUAUUUUCUUCUAUUUUCUUCUAUGAUGUAUACAUACGCUAUACGUAACUUACGUCAAAAUAUUUUUAUAAGUAAGUCAUUUAUUAUGGGCACUGACAUCUAAUCAUUCAGGUACGAAAAUAUUGAUGUGUAACAUCGAAUUUAUAUUUCAGUUUUCAAUGCCAUCCAAAGUUGAUUGUAUGUAGAUAAAAUUACGCUGAAAUUUUUGUGGAACCCGUAAAUUAGCUACAAUGUGACUUAGAUACAGUAUAUUGAUAAAAUUAAUUAUAUAUUUAUAUUCAAGCAUGUUUUUUGUAUGGAAACGUAUAGUUUAAUGGUGGAAUCUUAGGUUAGAAUUACUAAUUUUAAGAAAUUGAUUCUGAAAAUCAGUUAUUAUAGAAGAUUUUUAUAUAUACAUACGCUGGGAUUGAUAUUUUGUAACCUAAAUUUUGUUUACCCAAUCAAAUCUGUUCCAAUUCUAAACCGAACAUUAAAAAUAGUAUAAGAUAUGUUAUAUAUAUUAAGUUUUUUUACUAACUUGUACUAAUUGUUUAAACUUCUACAAAAUUCUAUACUUCCACUGAAAGCAAUAUUUUAAAAUACAAGAUCAUAUUUUAUUUGUUAUUUCGUAUAUACGUACAUAUGAGCAUCCUUGACCAUGUUUGGAUAGUGUUUCGCCCAUUUCUGAAAACACUAAGCUCAUAUAAUGGACUCGUAAUGGAUUACGAAUACUAUAUAAGAGUUUAAUAAAUUACUUUAAUGUUAUGGAUUUCGUCAAAAAGUUAGAAAUUACUGUUUCUUUGAACGGGAUUGGACUAAAAAUAAGAAGAAAAUUGGCAUAUGGAAGUUAGUUGUUUCGUUUUGUCAGUAUAGAAUUUCUCUAUAUUGCUUACAGAUAUAAUUUUUUUUUCGUUAAGUAUAAGUGGGCUAAUUAAGGUAUGAAUUAUAUUUUACGAUCAAAAAUUAUAUACUCAUUUAGAUAAGUAUCAUUUUUCUAUAAUUUCAGUUUGAAGGUUUCAUGUGACGUCUACGUGAUAAUAUUUACAAUAUUGUAUUUACAAACUCUACUUUAUGUAUACGCACAUUCGAUUUUUGUUUCUGGAAGUAUGUAUUAUUUUUAUUUUCUGGAAAUAUGUAUUAUUUACUAAUACUCGCAUUUAACUAAAGAGGUGCCUGUGAAGAGUUUAUUUUUUGUUUCAUUUUACAAUUUAGAGUAUAUUUGUACAUCUGGUUUUUUUUUUUAUAAUGAUAGCUAUUUUUACAUAGUGAUUAUAUUUUGCCAUCUCCCAUUUCGCAGUCGCGUCUUAAGUUAAGUGUUAAUUAUUACCUAGGUUUGUCCCAAAAAAUAUACCUACCAUCAUUAUACGAAAUAAGUAAGGAGAACAGAAUGAUAACGCAUAAUUAACUAGCACACUCGAAUAAUGUUUUGUUUUUUUGCCAGUUUUAUUUAUUCACAUAUUUUAUUUUGUAGUUUUGAAAAUCUUAAGACCGUCAACUUCUUGUCCGAUAAGGUAUUGAAAAUAUAAGCAAAAAGCAGAAAAAGAAAAUGGCAGUAUUUAAUUUAAAUGCUGUCAUUUUAUCCUUGUAAUUCCUCCGACAUUACUUAUAGCAUACAAGUUUAUGAAUUAUAAUAAUUGCAGGGACAUGAAGUCGACGCUCUUCAUUUCUGCAUAUAUUUUGUGAGAGCAAUGGGUAUACGUACCUUUUGUACACACUAAGUACAAUUUAUGAAAUUAUGUCCACGUAAUGCAAUGAUUUCUCUCAAAUCUCGUUAGACAAUAUAUAAUCUUUUAAUUUGUUAGGCUAAUCCGCGGUUGGGAUUAUAACGUACGUCGUUGGAUGAUGUUGUAUUCGUUGUUAGUGUGUAUAUUGCUUAAGUAUAAUUCGAACUAAUAUAGUGGUUGAGUAAAUGGGUACAAUGAGGCAUUUAUACAUCACGAAUGAAAAGAAAAUGUCACUAUCCUUUUCUGUUGAAUCGCAUUUGAUAAAACGCGGUGAAACUAGUAAUUACCAUCAAAUGUUAUUCAGCAUUAUUUCUCUUUUUUGUGUUAUGUAUUAUUGAAUGUUCGUAAGCUAUAUAUGUAUGUACCACUUAAGUUAAUUAUAAUUAUCUGUGCUAAGAAUCAUACUGCCAAUUUUCAUUAAUAACUUUUAUAACGGUCAUUAAUAAUUUUGUGAUUAUCUUGAAAGUCCGCCCCCGUGCCAUGGGGAGAUUUCGGUAUCAAUUUUUGUUUUAUAAAAUAAAAUAUUCUAUUCUGAAUGUGCAAAAUUCUAACGGAUGAUAAAUUGUAAAUAAUAAAUCAAAUUGUUUAUAUACAUAUUUCGAUAUUAAAUUACUAUCAUUGGAAUUUUAA